AAGUAAACAAUCACAUGUAGAUAACAAAUCUAGAUCUUCAGAUGUUUGUAUUCAGUAGUCCCAGAUUCAAAACUGUUUUCGAGUCCUUUUACGUUACGAUUAAUGUAUCUUCGCCUGUAUUAAAUCACGUGUUUUAGUUGUGUUUGAUAGACAACGUUAUAUAACGUUAGAGGAAACGGCGGCUGCAUUAUCAUCAGAGUUAUUAGCGGUGAUCCAGGAUGGCAGAAGCUCAUCAGGCUGUGGCCUUUCAGUUCACUGUCGGCCCUGAUGGCAUUGACCUCCAGCUCAGUCACGAGGCUCUUCGGCAGGUCUACCUCUCUGGAGUUCACUCCUGGAAGAAUAAAUUCAUUCGUUUUAAGAAUGGGAUUUUGAAUGGUGUUUACCCAGGGAGUGCACCAGGGUUCAUGCUGGUGUUGGCGGGGUACUUGGGAAGAGCUCGUUAUUUAAAAGUGGACCCUUCUUUAGGCCUGCUCUUCAAACUUGGCAGACAUGUCCCAGUCAGUAGGUACAUGUCUACACAAAAGCAGAUGUUAGUUGGGGGUGUCAUGGUGGGCACGGGUCUGUGGAUUGCCAUCAUAUUCAGUAUGAGGACUGUCCUGAAGGGUCUGCUGUCCUGGCACGGCUGGAUGUUUGCUCCCCAUGGCAAAAUUACCUGGCAAAUUCGACUAUGGCUGAUGCUAGUCAAGAUUUUUUCUGGCAUGCAAACACCAAUGCUAUACAGCUUCCAGAACUCUCUCCCUAAUUUACCUGUGCCAUCUGUGAAGGACACCGUGAGAAGACAUCUUGAGUCAGUUCAACCACUGCUGAGUGACGAGGAACAGAGAAGAAUGCAGAGUCUUGCACUUGAUUUUGAGAAGAACCUUGGACCAAAACUUCAAUGGUACCUCAAGCUGAAGUCUUGGUGGGCCACCAAUUAUGUCAGUGACUGGUGGGAAGAAUAUAUCUACUUAAGAGGUCGUGGGCCAAUCAUGGUUAACAGCAACUAUUAUGUAAUGGACUUUCUUUAUGCCUUUCCUACACAUCUGCAAGCAGCAAGAGCCGGCAACGUCAUUCAUGCAAUCAUGCUUUACAGGAGGAAGCUGGACCAGGCUCAAAUCAAGCCGCUUAUGCUUCAAAACACCAUCCCUAUGUGCUCGUCCCAAUAUGAGCGCAUGUUCAACACCAGUCGCAUCCCAGGCAUAGAAACAGACACAGUUCAGCACAUGACUGACAGCAGGCAUAUUGUGGUGUAUCACCGAGGCCGUUACUUUAAAGUUUGGAUGUUUUAUGAUGGACGGUUACUGUUGCCACGGGAGCUAGAGCAGCAGAUGGAGAGGAUUCUGGCUGACACCUCAGAGCCGCAGCCUGGAGAGGAAACCCUCGCCGCCCUCACUGCAGGGGACAGAGUGCCUUGGGCGUGUGCCCGUGAUGCCUACCUCAGACACGGCAAGAACAAGAAGUCUCUGGAUACUGUGGAGAAAGCUGCUUUCUUUGUUACACUGGAUGACACAGAGCAGCGCUAUGAUCCAGCAAAUCCGGUGGAGUCCCUGGACCGUUACGCUAAAUCACUGCUCCAUGGGAAGUGUUAUGACAGGUGGUUUGAUAAGUCCAUAAACUUAAUUGUCUUCAAGAAUGGAACCGUGGGCCUUAAUACAGAACAUAGCUGGGCUGAUGCUCCUAUUGUCGCCCACCUCUGGGAGCAAGUGCUCUCGAUGGACCCUGUUAAGCUGGGCUACACAGCAGAUGGCCACUGUAGAGGAGAACCUCACCCUAAUCUUCCUGGACCUCAAAGACUACAGUGGAAUAUUCCACAUGAGUGCCAGACUAUGAUUGCCAACUCUCUGUCUGUGGCUGUGGCUUUGGCUAAUGAUGUGGACUCGCACAUCAUCCCCUUCAGUGACUUUGGAAAAGGCCUGAUCAAGAAGUGCAAGAUCAGUCCUGAUGCCUUCAUCCAGCUUGCACUGCAGCUGGCUCAUUAUAGGGACAAAGGAAAGUUCUGCUUGACUUAUGAGGCAUCCAUGACCCGUUUAUUUAGAGAAGGCCGUACAGAAACUGUGCGCUCCUGCACAGUGGAAUCCUGUGCUUUUGUCCGUGCCAUGAUCAGCAACAAAACGAGAGAAGAGAAACUUCACUUACUAACCCAGGCCGCUGAGAAACACCAGCAGAUGUAUAGAAUGGCAAUGACUGGUCAGGGCACUGACCGCCAUCUCUUUUGCCUCUACAUAGUGUCUAAGUACCUUGGACAGGACUCCCCAUUCCUCCAGGAGGUGCUGUCAGAGCCUUGGAGGCUCUCCACUAGUCAGACUCCUUUGCAGCAGGGGGAGCUGUUUGAUCUGGUGAAUCACCCAGAGUAUGUUACCACUGGAGGAGGCUUUGGACCGGUUGCAGACGAUGGUUAUGGUGUGGCCUAUGUGAUUGUCGGUGAAAAACUCAUCAAUUUCCACAUCUCUUCUAAGUGUUCCAGUCCAGAGACGGACUCUCAUCGCUUUGGAAACAAUAUCAGGCAAGCAAUGCUUGAUAUGCGGAAUCUGUUUCAGCUGGACAAAAAGAACCUAAAGUGAUUUGAUUGGUGAAAGGAUUAUGCUUUUAAUGACUCGCCUUAACUAUAUAUGAGCAGUGUUAAAAGAAGCUUGAAUGUUUUUUUUGUUUUUUUUGCAUGUGCCUGUGAGAUGAAGCCUAUGAAGGAGAGAAGUAGGUAGGAAGUGUGAAAAUCUCAUUGUGUCCCUAUAUGUGCUGGUGCCUUAACAUAUGUCUUAACUGAAUGGUUCAGUUCAGGUGAAAAAUCUAAAUCUAAAGUAAAACUGGAUUUCAUUACCAAGACUGCUUUCACGUUCAGUAUAUUUUACUGAGAUGGACAGUUUCAUAGAUACUUCAAUAGAUGACAUUCUCUUGACAAGAUGUCAAGGAGCAUAAUAAUUGCUUGGUUGAAGUGCUGAGCUUACAAAUCAAGCAAUACACAGCUCUCCAUUUGUGCUUUCA